GAAGUGCUAUCUUUUCUUUCAAACGGUUUAUUUCAUUUUAUUGAAUACUUUCUUUACGUAGAUGCCCCUUCCCCGUACACGGUACUUUCCCACUUUCACCGAUAUGCGGUAAAUGUCGGUGCAAUCCAGCCUGACGAUAAUCAUGUUACUAGAUAAGAGAAGGUGUAUGGCAGAGAAGAAUUUAACGUUCUUCCUGUGUAUCUUAACGGCAUCAGCCACUUCCGGCGAAGGACCGACAAGGUCUGAGCUUGUUCAUAAACUGCUCAAUGACACUCAAUAUGACAACAGCCUACCACCGGAGUAUUCCACAGGAAAUGUCACAAACGUUUCUGUACAAUUGGCUAUAACUGAUCUUGAUUCUGAAAGUGACAUUAACAUGGAGUAUGAUUGUACAUUGUAUCUACGUUUGAACUGGACAGACGGACGUUUAGAUUUCACAGCAUAUAAUACCAGUUACAAGCGUCUAAUAUUAGGCAAUAAUAUUGUGGACAAAGUUUGGAUACCAGAUUUGUUCUUCUACUCCCAAAGAAAGUCAGAAAUGCAAGGUCUUUCCACAAAGAAUCAGUUGGUGUAUUUAUUCGAGAAUGGUACCAUUAUGUACAGCGGCAGGUAA